GCUCAAAGUGUAAGGCCUCUGUCAGUUGGAAACGAAUCAGGCGACCAAAACAAACCAUGAAGUUUUCAGCUCCGGUCCUUUUCCUAUUUGCGGUCGUGUACGCAAGUGGUGUUGCUAAUGCUGGUAUUCUCGAGUUGGAUAAAAUAUCCGAUGUUAUAAUUAACGCCCGAAAGGUAUGGAAUGGCAACUCUGUUGAUGACCUCAUGAAUUCAGACCGUAUUCCUUAUUUCUGUAAAAUGGCUGUCAACUAUGGUGACCUCAACAACGCAACUAUUAAAACACUGGACGAAGAUUUACAAGUGAUCAUUGCGGCUACAAUUAAUCUCUUCAAAAAAAAGUACGGUAAUAGCGGUCGGAUGGAGUUUGUAGACUAUGUACAUGCAUUGAAGAGCAAUCCAUUUUUAAAAACAGAAAUCACCGAUAAUAUUUAUCGAGGGGAAUACGAAGAUUUUCACGAAUAUGAUUCCCAGCGACAACAACUGGCGAAAAAUGAGUAUGAUUUAAUUACAACAUGGAUUAAGGACACACUUAUCAAAGACGAUGAAGCCUUAAAAGAUACAACCUUUAACAAAAUUGACUUCAAGAAUAUUGUCGCGGCAACCAAUGCAGCUUUCGAUCACUUUCAGCGAUUUGAAGGCAUGUUGGUCAAUAAACCUUACGUUCAAAGCGCAAUCGUUGAUUUGAGUGUCAUCCGGUACCCAGAUUCAAAACAGAGUUACUUCAAGCUUUUCCGUAUCCAGAUCUUUGCUACAAAAACAAGUUCGUCAGAUCCAGUAAGAGAUGUUCAAUCGACAAGUGGAGUUAGAGGUUCGUUCGAAUCAAUAGUUUUCAGACCACAGAACCUCGUAAUAGACGGUUUAAAUGCAGUUGUAAGAGAGAAAGCAUUAAAAACAGCCCAAAGUAUGUUCAGUGAUUCUUAGAGAAGAAGUUUUUUUAGGAGAUAAAUCUUAUGUUUAUUUAAUAGCUUAAAUAAAACGGAUUUUUAACAACCAUUAUUAAA